AUGGGCGAUGUAACGAAGCUUGCGCCGCCGAAGGAUCUCUCGGAUGAUGAGCGCAGAAACGUCUUCGAACAUAUCUUUCGUCGAUUAGCUGGUCAUCGACAUACCGCCGAGCUUCAUGCCAUCUCUGAGCGAUAUGCUUCCUCUGCUUCACCUGAAAACGCUGAGAAGCUACAUAACGACUAUGUCCACGAGAUAGAUACUUGGGCUGCUUCUGUACUUGAAUCGGCUUGGGCAGCUUGCGGAGAGCCUGGCGGAGGGCAAUGCCCGAAAUGGGAUCCACUCUCUGACGACUCUACACACGGGCUCGCGCCUCUUCCGCCAACAGCUGCCCUUGAGAAGACGAUCAACAUGGUCCUCUUCGCCCACGUCACCUCUACUAAACGCUACUCAGCGCACACUCGUGCAUUCCUAUCAACAUUCUGCACGCCAGACGAAGAUAAUAUCGUCAGGACCCUUCGUAACCCCGACGAUUCCAUGCGCGACGCGGAAAAGCGAGUGAAGGAUGAACAAGAGCGACACGCUCAACGGAACUCUAUCAUGCGCAAGGCGGGCAUCGGCUUGGGCGCCGUCGCCGGAGGCGUUCUCGUCGGUGUCACAGGCGGUCUCGCAGCGCCGCUUCUAGGCGCCGGCUUCUCUGCUAUCUUCGGCGCUUUAGGUAUCGGCGGAACAGCAGUCGGUUUGCUCGCCACGGGUUUGGCUUCCUCCGGUGUCGUGUGUGGUGCACUGUUUGGCGCCUAUGGCGCACGCAGCACUGCAUCCAUGGUCGAGCGGCAUGUCCGCGAGAUACGUGACCUGGCCGUCAAACCCGUACACGAGCCUCGCGAGUCACUUGCAUUGCGACUCUGCGUGAGCGGAUGGCUAUCUGGCGCGAAUGAUGUCACCGCACCGUGGACAGUCUUCGAGGGCGAUGAUACGUUUGCGUUGCAAUGGGAGGUGCAAGCGUUGACUGAGCUCUCGGAUGGACUCUUCGCUCUUGUCAAGAGCCAGGCUAUGCAGUAUGUGAGGGCGGAGAUCAUCAAGCGCACUGUGCUGGCCAGCUUGAUGACGGCCCUCUCGCCCAUAGCUUGGUUGAAGAUUGGCCGUGUAUUCGACAAUAGCUGGAUGAACGCGCGACAGUACGCCCUCAAGACAGGUGCUGUGCUCGCAGACCUUCUCGCUCAACGGGCAUUCGGCACCCGCCCGAUCACCCUGACAGGUUACUCCCUCGGCGCGCUUGUCAUCUUCGAGGCACUGCGCAUCCUCGCACAGCGCCCGCCUUCGGAGACGGCGCAUCUCAUCCAGGACGUCUAUCUGAUGGGCGCGCCUAUCCCGCUGAAUGAAGCUUCUUGGAGUGCUGUACGGCGCGUCGUCGCCGGGCGCCUGGUCAACGCCUACGGCUCGAACGACUACGUCCUUGCAGUACUUUGCCGUGCAUCAGAGCAGACGUGGACCGUAGCGGGUAUCGGCCCAGUGAACGUCAAAGGCGUCGAAAACGUCGAGGUUGCCGGGGUUGACGGGCACUUGAAGUGGCGUGGGAUGGUCGGCGAGGCACUGCUGGCGUGUAAAGCACCGGGCGUCAACGAGGAAGAGGUUGAGCGUCAACGGGCGUUGGCCGAGAAGUUGGCGAAGGAGCUGGAUAUGACCGAGGAAGACGCCGAGAAGGCGCUGGAGAAGGGUUUGCCUGACGAGCCCGCCAAUGAGGCAGCAGCGCCGCAGACGCCCGUCGCAUCGCCCGCUAAGUCAGCAUCGCCCAAGUCAAUUGGGUCACCAGGUUCUCCAGGGAGGCCGAGUACGCCUUAUGCCGUGUAUCAGUCUAAGCGGAAGCCCGCACCUACGGCCUAA